AUGUCCAGGAUGUUUAUGAAGUUUUCUGGCUUCAAGAGGCGAAGAAACAGCAGGAAGAAGCUGAAAAGUACAUCACGUUUGUUUCUGGGUCUGGGAAAGAGAAAGUUCCGCCUUGCUAAGAAGAAACGCCGCAAGUCCAUGCUAAAGAACACCUCUCGAUUCAUGAUGAGAUUCAAGGCCAGCAAAAAGAUAAAAAAAGAGAAAGAGGCCAAAGAGAAGGCAGCAGCAAGUGGUGGGAAAAAGCCAAGCUAUAUGCUACUACGUCUUGGAGGAAGAAGAGACUCAAAUGAGAAGAAGGGGGGCUUCUUUAAAGGCUUAUUUAGGAAAAAGGAUGGUGAUGAGCCGGCUGACGACUUCAAGAACAGAAGUGCGUUGUUGGGUAAGGUCGCAGCAGCAACUAACUGGCUGACCAAGCGCUUCCUGUCCACUAAAAUGAAAGGAAAUGCGGGACACAAUGGCUGGGGUGGACGUAGGGCACAUACAAGACAAGCAAGCUCUAGAAGUAAUCGCUUGGGUUAUCAUAACAAUGGUUAUGAGCAUGGGGAGGAGGCUUAUGGAUACGAUCAGGGACAUUCAUCACAACAAGGUUAUGGAGGCUACAAUGAUGGCUAUGGUGGCUAUGUAGAUGAGGCAACUGCUGCAUAUGGAAGCCAGGGUCAAUUUGGUUACUAUGACAAUGUAGCAGGGGGAGUGGACUAUCAAGACCUGGGUUACUACGAAGAAGAAGGACUCUAUGAUCCAAAUUCAGAAUAUUAUGAAGGUGGUCUUUACAAUGAGGGCAUGGGGGACUACCAUGACCCAUACACCUCUGCCCAAGUAUACUAUAACAACCAGGAAGCAGAUUACUAUGAUUACCAGCAUCAGCAAGCCAUGUAUGGUGCUGAGGGUCUGGACUACUAUUCCCUGAUGGGUGCGGGCCAUAUGUAUGGAGGAGAGGAUGAUGGAUUUCUUGACCCUCAUGCUCAGGGUUACUAUGACGCAAACAGCCAAGGGCUUUACUAUGAUGGAAAAGGGGGUUAUUAUGACAAUGGACAGACAGGUUAUUUUGAGAACCCUUACACAGAAACUACUGGAAUGCAAGGAGGAUUUCCAACAGACUACCAACUCGGGUAUAGUGAUGCUGGCAUGCCUUACCAAGACUUCAGCUCACAGCAGGCCAUUGGAAUCCCACAAGGAGGGCAGCAGGUGUUUGGCUUUGGGGUGCAAGGGAUGGGUCAGGUACAGGGCAUAUAUGGGGACCAGUUUGCAGACCAAUUGGAUCAAUUUAGGGAUGAUACUGGGGGAGUUCAGGGAGGGGAGAUGACUUUUAGAGUUCCUAGACCUCAAGUGCGCCUAUUUGGGAAAGAGCGUCUAGAUGUGCCCCUACCUCCUCCACCUACUUUGCCACCUGAUCCAGAAUUUGAAGACAUGUCAGAUAUCCAGUAUGAAGACCAGAUUCCUCUUGCACAAGGGCAACUUGGGGAUAUAAUGUCAAUACAUCAACAGAUGGGUAUGCCACCACAACAACAAAUGAUGUCUCCUCAACAACAAAUGAUGAUGUCUUCUCAACAACACACUAUGUUUCUCCCACAUGAACAAAUGGUGAUUCCCCCACAGAUGUCACCACAGCAACAUAUGUUAACACAGCACCAGAUGAUGUUACAAGAAGAACAGAGUAUGUCCCCUCAAAUUAUGCCAUUGCAGACUCUGUCCCAACAGCAACAAUUGAUGCUACCACAGCAUCAAAUGAUGCACCAGCCCAUGAUGUCACCACAGCAACAGACAAUAUCACAACAAAUGAUGUCACCACAGGAGCAGAUGAUGAUGGCACAGCAACAGGCCUUUCCCCCACAAAUGAAUCCACCACAGCAGCAAAUGCUGACAGACCCAAUGAUGAAUUCCCAUCAACAGGCUUACAGCCCAGGUUUGAUCCCUACUCCAACUGCAAUGAUUAUUAAGCAAGCGGGUAUGUCUCCCCUUGCUGGGCGGCGCAUGCAACCUUCUCCAACUCCGUCUCGCCGCUCUGUUUUGAUGGCCUCCCCACAGGUACAGCACUAUCCCUCUGCCAUUGCAUCCCCCUUGCCUUCUCCAAUACUUCCACAAAGACAUAGCCCUUCUCCACAACCAUCUGUGAGAAGUGGGUUCAUUAAUGCCCAAAGACCCCCUUCUGUUAUGUCAAGACGGCUCCCACCUCCUCACUCUCCCAUGGCCUCACCCGUUUCCCAUCCAAGAAUGCAAUCUCAAAGAUCGCCAUCUCCACUUGCCCGAAGACGCUCACCCCCUCACUCCCCCCAUGCAUCCAUGAUCCGGCGAAGUCCUCCACCAUCACCAAGGACAUCAAUGAGGCAACGCUCUCCUCCUCCCUCACCCCGUGCUUCAAUUAGAAGAAGAAGUCCACCGCCCUCUCCCACUCCAACCCGUAGCCCAUUUGGAGUGAGAAAGGUACCAGGGCCAACCUCCCCUCCUUUAUCCCCUGGUCAUGCAUCUCCCCGUCUUUCUCCACAUCUUAGUAGAAGACAAUCCCCCUCUCCUUCCAAAACUCUUCGUAGUGUAUCCCCAGCAGGUCCUCGGUCUUCUCCUACUCUCUCUCGGCGCUCAACAAGAUUGCUAAGGGACCCCACACCAUUGGCUCGGCCUAGGAUGGGGGGAAAUGUUCCCUUAGGAACGGUCAGACCCUCUCCUAUGGGUCUACGAGGGCGACCAGUUCCCCCACCAACCCAAAAUGUGCGUCCAUUUCGUAACUCCUCCAUUCGAAGCAAUAGAUCUUCUGUUCUCACAAUAGACUCCUCUCUCCUUUCUUCCCCCUUUCACUCACCACAUAUGGUCCACCGUGUUCCCCUGGGUAGGAGAGAAUCUGGCCGGUUUGCUCCUCGCCCAGUGGCUCGAGGUCGGCCCCUGAUGGCACAGCGGUCUAUAGGAAGGAUGCCUCCCGCCUCUCCACAGCUCUCCCUGAAACACAUGCCACACCCUGCAUCCCCAAUCUUCUCUCCUCAACUUUCUCGCCAGUCCUCUCCCCUACUGUCGCCUCGAGUUGCCCAUUCACCUAUUUAUGCACCAGAAACAUAUGCACCUGGCCCAUAUGCAGAUUCCUACUCUGACCAGCCACAGCAGUUCAGUGCCCCUUCUUCGCAGAUGUUAUCUGGUGCUUUACAAAACCAGGCCAUUCGACAGGCCUCUUUUGCUUCGCCUCUCGGUCCACAGCCAACCCAGAUGGUAGGCAUAGGUGAGAUGGCUGCCGAAUAUGGAGAAUCUUAUGCUCCCUCAUCACCAAUGCUUUCUCAUGCAAUGCAAAACCAAGCUAUUCGGGAUGCUUCAUAUGUUUCUGCAUUGCAGAGACCAAUGUCUCCUUAUGAGCAGCCGAUGGCCCGUUCAUCUCCAAUGUUGUCUGAAGCUCUUCAAAAUCAAACUAUACAUGAUGCAUCUUAUGUUUCUCCUUUACAAAGACCAAUGUCCCCCUAUGAGCAGCCAAUGCCCCCUUCUUCCCCUAUGCUGUCUGGGGCUCUGCAAAAUCAGGCAGUGAGAGAUGCCUCCUAUCUGUCUCCUUUUCAACGGCCUCAGUCCCCAUAUACAGCAUCUGUGCCUUCAUCCCCAAUACUCUCUGGAGCCAUGAGACAUGGUGAGGCCCUGAGAGGUGUUGCUUCUUAUCAGACUCCAAUGCUCCGUUCACCAUAUGGACCAACCAUUGUUACUCCAUAUGAUUAUAUUUCUGAACCUGGCCCAGCCCCACUGCUUUAUGAUGCACUUCAAAAUCGGUCUGGAUUGCACAAUGUCUCACACUUAAGAUCGCCUAUGAUGGGACGCCGUAACCCCUAUAAACCAGCUGGCCCUCAGCUCCACCAUGCUCUUCAACAAAACCCAAAUCUUCGCCAAGCAUCUUAUCAGACACCUAUGCAACUCAGACAAUCCCCAUAUAGACCCCAGCCACCUUCUUCACCAAUGUUAGGAAGGGCCUUGCAAAACCCGCAGAUGAUGCAGGCAUCUUACCGGCUGCCAGAUGGAACCUUGGUGUCACCAUACCUAGAAACACCUUCCUCCCCAUUGCUCGGACAUGCCUUGCAAAACCAACAAGUCCGUGGAGCCUCAUACACCUUGCCUGAUGGAUCAGUAAUCAGGGACCCACGUGUACCCCAGAAGCCCAUGUCUCCUAACCUCUCAAAAGCUCUACAGAACCAGGAUCUCAGGAGUGCUACAUACACCCUCCCUGAUGGCACCAUUAUCGACCCUAGACAACAACAACCCAUCUCCCCAAACCUGGCUAAGGCUCUAAACAAUGCAGCACUACGUGAAGCCUCCUAUUCUCUACCUGAUGGUACCAUUGUAAUUGAUCCGAAGAAACCAAAGUCCCCAAACCUUUCAGCGGCACUGCAAAACCCUUACCUUAGGAGUGCAUCUUACACUUUGCCAGAUGGUACAAUCAUCAUUGAUCCACGGAAACCUGUCUCUCCUGACCUCUCCAGCGCCCUUCAAAACUCUGCUCUGCGCAAUGCCUCCUUCACACUUCCAGAAGGGGUUCAAGAUCCAAAUACACCAAUUUCACCAAACCUUGCUAAGGCUCUCAAUAACGCAGCCCUGAAAGGAGCUUCUUACACCCUCCCAGAUGGAACUAUUAUAGUAGAUCCAAGGAAGCCCAAAAGCCCCAACUUAACCGCUGCCCUGCAGAAUCCUUAUCUAAAGGGUGUCUCUUACACACUGCCAGAUGGAACCAUCAUCAUUGACCCACGAAAACCAACUGCCCCUGACCUAUCUAAAGCUCUUGCAAAUGAGAACCUUCGCAAUGCUUCAUUCCAGCUCUCUGAUGGUUCCUUGGUUAUUCCAGGCCAGAAGCCAUCCACUCCUAACCUUACUGCUGCCCUGAGGCACAACCAGGCAAUGCGGUCUACUGGACUUUAUAAUCUGUCACAGAAUUCUGUAUUCUCUGGUGCCCCCAAACCAUCCACUCCAAACAUUAGCCGUGUACUGAAGAAAGACGACCUCCAAGGUUUCCAGUUCAGGUUGCCAGAUGGCUCUCUUCUUACCCGUCGGUUUCACAACCCAAGCCUGUCUAAUGCCAUCCAAAACCAGCAGCUUCGCUAUGCCUCAUACAGGGUGCCAAUAGGCUUGCAGGGAGAGGAUAAUCGCUAUGCUGUGGUUCCACCCUAUGGGCCUAGCUCAGGACACUGGGCUAGGAAUGCUUGUGGUGGAGGGGAAGGAGGGGAAGAUGUUUGGGCAGCUGAGAGGGUUUUACCACACGGGACGGUUCAGAAUCUGUCAAAGUGGUCCAUGUACAGAGAAGAUGGGGUGUUGGAAGGAUAUUCACCUUCACCUCGAGGUGUGGAUGGACAGCCUCUGGACACAAACUGGACUCCUGAGAGAGAGAGAGUACCUGGUCAAAGCUGGUAUGACAAGAUCUACUCUAUCCUUAGCAUGCCCACAACAGGCCACAGGGUGAAAAACUGGGCAGAGGGAAUGGAGGACAUGACACAGCUGCCUGAGCUGAAUGAGACCACAGUUCUGAUGAACCUGAAGAAGCGUUACGACCAGGAACUUGUAUAUACUUAUAUAGGCAGCAUCUUGGUGUCUGUGAAUCCCUACAAGCUGCUGAACAUUUAUGGCACAGACAUGGUUCUUCAGUACGAGGGCCACGGCCUGAGUGACAACCCUCCUCAUCUUUUUGCCAUUGCUAAUCUCUCAUAUACUACCAUGAUGGAUGCCAAAAAGGAUCAGUGUAUUGUGAUCAGUGGAGAAAGUGGUUCAGGAAAGACUGAAGCCACUAAACUGAUCCUGCGUUACCUGACAGCCAUACAUCACAAAAGCAACGUCACACAACAGAUAGAGAUCCUAGAGGCCACGCCCCUGCUGGAGUCUUUUGGGAAUGCCAAAACAGUGCGCAAUGACAACUCUUCCCGUUUUGGCAAGUAUACACAGAUCUUCAUGGAGGGGGGUGUUAUCAGCGGUGCCAUAACGUCUCAGUACCUUUUGGAGAAGUCUCGAAUCGUCUUUCAGGCCAAAUCAGAAAGAAACUAUCACAUCUUCUACGAGAUGUUGGCAGGUCUUCCUCCUCAUGAGAAGAGCUCUCUGUAUCUACAGGAGGCUGAGACUUACUACUAUCUGAAUCAGGGAGGGGAUUGUACCAUAGAGGGCAAAGAUGAUGGGGAGGACUUUAGGCGUCUGCUGAGUGCCAUGGACAUCCUAUGUUUCACCCCAGAGGAGCUAAACGGCAUCUACAGGCUGUUGUCCUCUGUCCUCCAUGUAGGGAAUGUCUACUUUCAGCCACAUCAGGCCGAGGGUCAGGAGGUUGCGUCGGUAGUAAGCACUCAGGAGCUCCGAGUGGUCGCCGAGCUACUGCAGGUCUCACCUGACGGCCUGCAGAAGUCUUUCACCUUCAAGAUGACUGAUACAGUAAGAGAGAAGAUCCUCACUCCGCUUACAGUUGAGAGUGCUGUGGAUGCCAGAGAUGCCGUUGCCAAGAUCCUCUACUCGCUGCUGUUUAGUUGGCUGACAGAGCGCAUCAACGGAAGGGUCUACCCUCGCAACGAAGCCCUCUCUAUCUCCAUAUUGGACAUUUAUGGAUUUGAGGAGCUACAGGUGAACAGUUUUGAGCAGCUGUGCAUCAACUAUGCCAACGAAACUUUGCAGUUCUACUUUAACAGGGUCAUCUUCCAGGAGGAGCAGGAGGAGUACAUGCGGGAGCAGAUCCAGUGGCAGCAGCAGCCCUUCAGCCACAACCAGGCCUGCCUUGACCUCAUUGCUGCAAAGCCUCAUGGGAUACUGCGUAUACUGGACGAUCAGUGCGGUUUCCCUCAGGCAACGGACCACACUUUCCUUCAGAAGUGCCACUAUCACCAUGGAAAUGACCCGCUGUAUGCCAGGCCAAAGAUGCCACUGCCAGAGUUCACAUUGAAACACUACGCUGGGAAGGUCACAUAUCAGGUGCACAAAUUCUUGGAUAAGAACUUUGACAUGGUCCGCCAGGAUGUGUUAGACCUCUUCAUCCAAAGCAAGAACAGAAUGAUAUCUAGCCUCUUCCUGAAGCACUCAGAGUCCGUGUCUCAGCAGCGGUCUAACGUGCGGCGCAGCAGCGCAGCUCGCCGUUAUCAGGCCAACACGGUCAGCUCAAAGUUCCAGGGCAGCCUGCAGGAGCUGCUGGAGAAGAUGGAAAGGUGUAACCCUUAUUUUGUGCGAUGCAUCAAACCAAACCAUCAUAAGGAGCCAGGGGCGUUUGACAUGAAGCUGGUCAACACUCAGCUACAUUACUCUGGUAUCAUAGAGACCAUCCAUAUCAGGAAGGAGGGUUAUCCAAUCAGAUUGCACUUUCACAGCUUCCUAUCAAGGUAUAAAGCCCUGCUCUGCCUGAAGGAUCCUCCACCUGCAGACGGAGAAAACUGUGUCAUCAUGCUCCACAGGCUCGGUCCAGUCAAGAGUGGCUCCUACCAGCUGGGAGUCAGUAAGAUUUUCCUGAAGGAGGAGCUGUAUCAGCUGUUGGAGGGGAAGCGUGACCGUUUACUGAACAUUGCCGCCAUGACGCUGCAGAGAUACAGCCGUAUGGUUUUUGUCCGGAAAAACUUUAAGAAGUUCAGGUGGCGUGUGACCCUGUUUGAGGCUUGCUGCAAAGGCUAUCUUGCCAGAAAGAGGUUUGCGCUUAGAAGGAAGUACCUCAUCAGGUUUCGCUCCGCCGUGCUGCUCAUCGUCAACCGCCAGCGCUACAUGAGGACAGUGGUGGAGCCUGCUAGGAGGGAAGAAGAGGAUCGCAUCAACAGAGAAGUGGUGAAUGUGACAACAUUGCCUAUCCCUGCUGAGCUAGCAGCAUUGCUACAAGCCGCGUCAGGCGGCGAGGAGCUGCAUUCGGACUGCUUGGCUGUGGUCCAGGCUCCAAAGGUUCAGGUUGACCCCCAGCUGACCCUGCCCCUGGACAUCAACAACUACCUCAUGACACACUACAUAAGGGCCAUAUUUCGGGAGCCGUUGUUUGGGAUGCUGACAGCCCCGCUGGAGAGUACUCUGAUUAGAAUGGAUGAGGAACUAAAAGAAGGAGCCCUGAAUGUUUUCAUCCUGAUAUUAAGAUUUAUGGGUGACCCUGACUUGAAUGGGGCUCAGGAGAAUCUGUUUGGGAACUACAUCAUCCAGAGAGGACUUGCCAAUCCCAACCUCCGGGAUGAAAUCCUGGCUCAGGUAGCCAAUCAGGUUUGGAGGAAUCCUAACAUUUUGAAUUCAGAGCGUGGUUGGCUUCUUCUCUCUUCCUGUCUCUCUGCCUUUCUGCCCUCUCAAAGACUGGCCAAGUACCUGCUCAAAUUUGUGUCUGACUACGGGCCGGAGGGCUACGACUGUGUGUGUCAGCAUCGUCUGCUUCAGGCUCUGCAGCGGCUGAAUGUUGGGCCGGAGUACGUCAGGACGUACCCACCCUGUCUCCUUGAGUGGACCGCCAAUCGCAAGAGAGCUCACACUGUUCUGCACAUACACUGCUUCGAUGCUGUGUCCCUCCUGUGUCCUCUGCACUCUUGGACAACAGGAGAGGAAAUGGCCAAAGACAUUUUACAACACAGGGGUGUGGUGGACGGCCGUCGAGGCUGGUCUGUGCUGCUGAAGGAGCCGGCUCAGUGGGUAGAGCUGGAGGGAUCAGACUAUGUUCUGGAUCUGAUGUCGGACCUGGAGCUUCCCACAGACUUCCCUAAACACAGCAGCUACUUCAUCAUCUCUGCACAGGAACCGUCCAGAGUGCGGCCCAAUGCCAGCAUAAGCCUGCUGGGUGGUGGAUUUGACAUAAAUGGUGAUGUCAUGUCUUCAGCUUUUCCCGGCUCGGAUGGACGAGACUUUGAGCCUCAGAGAGGGAUGGAUCGUUAUCUCGACAGCCUGUUUGACCCGGUACUGUCUGACGGAGCUGCAGAAUUGGAAUCAGCUGCAGGACUGUCCAGCAGGAUGAAGGGAGCGGGGGGAGUCGGAGGGGUGUGGCAACAGCAAGGACAGACGACGGGACAUCAACCUCCACCCGGUGCUGUGAGAGUCCUUCCUGUGGGAGGUGUGAUGUCGCCUCCUGUUGCCGCUGUGGCACCUGUAACACCUGAUGCCCAGCAGGCUGUUUUAGCCCAGCAGCAGCAGGCGAUCGUGAACCAGCAGGCCAUCAUCAUGGCCCAGCAGAUGACCAUGCAGGCCAUGGCCAUCGUCAGCAGCCCAGUCACAAGCCCACCCACUUCCCCAAUCACAAGCCCACCAAUGAGUCCUCUGCUCCAUCACCCUCCCAGCCCGUACGCCCCAGCCUAUGCUGUCAUACCCCCAAGUCCAUACGCUAACAUCCCACCCAGCCCCUAUGCUAACUUCAGUCCCACUCCUUACUCUGACGCAAACAUCCUGCCCAGGCCCUAUCCUCCAACCAUUCAACAGGAACAAGCCACUGAGCCCCGGACUCACCCUGCAGCUCAGCCUCAGGCCUCCCACCCUAACCCCAACCCCAACCCUCAGCCCGGCCCCUUCAAAACCAACAAAACUGAGGCAGCAGGGCCUAAAGCCAACGUUGCUGCACAGGUUCAGUCAGAUAAGGACAGUGUCCCUCGGAGGAAAGCUCCCGGGGUCCCCAUGAACAAGGAUAAACCAGCCAGAAAGUUUGCCCCAGUGGUGACGUCUCCUCCACCGCCUGCUGGAGAAGUGGUGAAGUACUCACCUCAGACUUCAGAUCACAUCGUCCCCAGCCAAGACAUCCAAAACAUCAUCAAAAGGUACAACUCCCCUCCUCCGCCUCCAGACAUGCUGCCACCUGGCAAGAGGAGACCAGAGGGAAAGUUUCAGAAGAAGCAAACUGCUCGGGACGAAGCGUUACAAAUCCUCAAACCCCAGAUGGACCACCCUCCUGCUCCCCAGCCCAAAUGUCCUGUUCCCCCCUCCCGGUCUGCGUCUGCAAUGAAAGAAGCGGGAUUUAAACCCACCAAGACCACAAGGACAAGAGCGCCUGAUCGCCCUCUUCCAAAGCCUCCUCCAGUGUCUCGAGAGCUUCCUGUAGAAGCAGAGAGCAUCCUUACACAGCUUCAUCAGAGCUCCAAUAAAGAGCACUACACCUACACUAAUGUUCCCUGGAGACUCUACCUCAGGAAGGAGGUUUUUUAUCCCAAAGACAGUUUCAACAAUCCUCUGGUGCUAGAUCUCAUUUUCAAACAGAUAGUGAACGACACUUUGUCGGAGGCAUGUGUUCGCAUCACCCGGGAUGAAAGGCAGAAAAUGAAAGCUCUGUUCGCUAAACACGGGGUAGAGCAGAACAUGGAUCCAGUGGAGGAGCAUGUAAAGAAAAGAGUUGUCACAGCAGCAAGGGAAACAUGGGAAAUAUACUUCUCCCGUCUGUUCCCUGCAUCGGGUAGUGUAGGAACAGGUGUGCAGGUGUUGUCAGUGUCCCACAGUGGUAUUAAGCUGCUGAAGACGGUAAAAAGCAGCGCUGCAGCCCCGGACUACUUCAGAGUGCUCCGACCCUACACCUAUGCAGACAUCCUGUUUGUCACCAUCCCCUCUGAGAACAUGCUGGAGUUCAAUCUGACCAACGAGAAACUCAUCCUGUUCUCAGCAAAGGCAACGCAGGUCAAAUAUCUCAUAGACACCUUCAUCAAUGAGAUUAAAAAGGACUCAGACUAUGUGAUUGCAGAGCGAAACUUUGUGACAGACGACAGGUCGAUGCUCAAUUUUCACAAAGGUGACGUCAUUAGGCUGCAGGUUAUGGAUGGGCUAGAGAAAGGUUACAGCUACGGCUGUGUGGUGAGAAAAAAGGUUGUGUUUUUGGAGGAUCUGAAGAGGGACACUCAGGACUUUGGUUGGAAGUUUGGUGCUGUGUUUAGCCGCUCUGGGGCUUUCCCGACUGAAUGCGUACAUCCCAUCGCUGCUCCUGACUUCCUGUCGCUGCCACUCGACCGCAAGGCCGAGCCCCGAGGAGGAGCUGGACAAUUUGCUGUGUCAUCAGCUGUUGCUGUUGCCGUGGCAUCCACCAUGGCUGCACAUGAGAUAGAUCAAACAAUAGAGAGGGUUUCUCUCGACGGCUUCACUGAUGGAGAUCUGGAUGAGAGGGUCCUGCAGGACAGUAAAUAUGACAUGUUGGAGUUUGCCAAGAAGUACUUCAGACAGCCAUCCAACAAGAAGGGAGAUUCCCUGAAGAAUAAAAGCAAGACCAGAGACUCCAGAGAGCCCAUCGAGAUGAUCAAGUUCUCAAAGACUCCUCUGACUGAGUCUCUGAUAGAGUUUACAGAUGUAGCCAUGAGCAGAGUGUCAGCUGACCUAUGUCUGUCCGUGAUGCGUUUCAUGGGUGACUCUCCAUUAAGGGGAUCAACAGAACAGGAGGUGGUCAGCACUUUCCUGAAGCUCAUCAGAGAGUUCACCUUGAUGCGGGAUGAGGCUUACUGCCAGCUCCUCAGACAGCUUACUGCUAACACCAGCUCCAAACCCGAUAGCUGCCUCCGAGGAUGGAGGCUGCUGUACAUCCUGACCGCCUUCCAUCGCUGCUCUGAGGUCCUCAAACCCUUCCUGCUGAAAUACCUGCAGCAGGCUUCUCGCAGUGCUGGGGCUCAGUAUCAGGGCAUUGCUAAAGCAUGCGAACAGAACCUUAAGAAGACGUUCCAGUAUGGUGGCCGCCUUGUUCCACCCAACAGCAUGGAGCUGAAGGCAAUGAUGGCAGGACGGAGCUCAAAACGACAGCUGUUUCUCUUUCCAGGAGGCAUUGAACGUCAUGCCAAAAUCAAAACGUGCUCUGUCGCCCUGGAGGUGAUUGAGGAGCUGUGUUAUGAGAUGGGUUUACACAGACUGGAGGCCAUGGAAGAAUAUGCCAUAUUUCUAGUGACAAACAGAGGUCAGAAUGUGCGUCCUCUUAACAAACAUGAGUACAUCCUGGAUGUUGCGACAGAGGCCGAGGUCGUCGACACCAACUACAGCUUCUGGUUCAGAAGAGUCAUCUGGAGUCAACCGCUCAAGUUUGAUAAUGAGCUUUGUGUCGCCAUGCACUAUAACCAGAUCCUGCCAGACUACCGUAAAGGCCUGCUGAAUGUUCUUCCACAUGGGAAAGUGAGCGACCAGCAGUUCCAUCAAAUCUCCAAACUGGCAACUCUGCAGCACAGAGCUAAAGACAUCAUCUUCAUCCCCAGCAUACACGAGUUAUCUGAGUAUAUCCCCGCACCUCUGUUCAAAAAGCAGCCACCCCAGCAGUGGGUUACCAUGGCUACACAGCACAUGCAGCAAGUGCAGACCCUGAACCCACAUCAGGCCAGAGCACAGUUUCUGGGGCUGGUCAGUGCGUUCCCCAUGUUCGGUUCCUCGUUCUUCUUCAUCCACAGCAGCAGCUCCACCACUUUCUACGCCCCCUGUAUUGUUGCCGUCAAUCAACAUGGUCUCCACUUCCUCCACAAAAAUACACACGAGCCUAUGGGAGUGGUCCCCCUAGUGGAGGUGCAGUCCAGCCGCACCCAGAGGCCCACUGCUGGAACCAGUUACCCAUAUGUAGACCUAACGGUGGGAGACAUGAGCACACAGCGGGUCAUUCAACUGCAGCUAGAGCAGGGCCUGGAAUUGUGUCGAGUCAUCGCCAUGCAGGUGGAAAACAUGAUAUCUGUGCGGGAGAAGAGGCUCACCCUGCCACCCAGUGAAAUCACCAUGCUUUAACACCUGCCUACACACUCAAAUACGUCAGACAAAUCCCUUAAAAUGUCCUACCUCUUCUUGUCUUCAGGUGUUUGUGUGUCACACAUAAACUCAAAUGUGAAUGUAAAGUCUACUCUUGAUGAUUAUACUUCUUCAUCUGAACAUGAGAAGACAUUAUAAUUUAAUGUUUAUUUCAGGUUGGCACUUACUGCUGUAGUUUUGAGUCAUUGAAAAUGUAAGAUUUUGUUUCUGCACAGGUGUAAAGAUGAGCUGCGAGUAAGCUUCAUCGGCCUGUGCCUUCAGGGUUAAAAGAGUAUAUUGAUAUGAAACAUGUUUCUAUU